AUGUCAGCCCUAUCUCUAGGCGGCCGCGAGCCGCGAUCACCGACACCACACCAUCACCCUCUCCAUGUCCCUCGGUCCCACUCUGACAAUGACCUCGCUGUCAAGACACGCUUCACGGACUUCUUCAUCGAAACCAUCCUCGGACCCGAGUUCGGCGGAUCGAGAAAGCCGAGUAAGGCGCACCAUCGUAAGGAGGAUGAACACGAGGUCGAGAGACAGGACAGAACGAAUGUCGCCAAGCGGUGCGAUGAGGCCCGCCCGGUGGGCGCGGGGGAAAAAGCCUCCACGAAAUCCUCGUCGUCGCAAUCAUGGCCAGCAUGGGUUUACUGUACACGCUACUCGGACAGGCCGUCAUCAGGACCUCGGACACGCAAGGUGAAACGGCGGGAAAAGAAAGCCGAUGAGAAGCGCCCUCGCACUGCCUUCAGCGCGUCCCAACUCCAGAGACUGAAGCAAGAGUUUCAACAGAGCAACUACCUGACCGAACAACGUCGAAGGGCCCUGGCCAAAGAACUCACACUGAGCGAAUCCCAGAUCAAAAUCUGGUUCCAGAACAAGCGAGCCAAAAUCAAGAAGGCCACUGGACUCAAGAAUGGUUUGGCCAGACAACUGAUGGCACAGGGUCUUUACAACCAUUCGACGGUACCUUUGGAUGGAGACGAUAUGGACACGAAGCUCAUGAAUGCCAGCGGGGAUUGCAGUAGAUCGGACUACACAAGUGAUUCUGAUGGGGAUUCGUUGACACAUUAACAUACAUACAGCAGAGACCACCUAAAUCUCGGAGAAUAUAAUUAUGAUAAUAGAAGUAUAUUAUAUUCAAUAACUAUUGUGUGUUGACGGCUG